AUGUCGGCAUGCACAGAGAUAAUACUUGCAGCCCUGUUGCUCGCAAGCUUAACUCAUGCUCAUGGUUCCCGUUCAAGUCAUCGCUCACGCCCUGGACGCGUACGUACUUGUAGUCCCGGCUUCGCCGUCAGCACACGUCCUCCAUUCCCGUGUGUGGACAUUAAUGAAUGCAGUCCUACAACCAACAGCCCAUGCCAACAGACCUGCAUCAACACACAGGGAAGUUACUCUUGCUCAUGUCUCCCUGGCUACACUAAACUUACAUCCAACCCAAACAAGUGUGUCGCCGACUGUUGUUCCAGAACCGCCAACGCCUCGUCUGUCUUGUUCGAGACACCCAGUCCUUCCAACGGCCGGCGGUACUACCUGUCUAAACGUUCAGUUAACGUCGACAUCGUAAAAUCUCAGGCCGUGUGUGAGCUGAUGGGUGGCUACCUGCUCGAGAUCGAUGACCAAACUGAAUAUACUUUUAUCAAGAAUUUCAUCCAAGGGUUCAGUGGGUUCGAUAUUGUUUACACCGGGGCUAAGGACGAGGAUCAGGACCGUGUCUGGGUGUUCAAAUACAGUGGAAAAACGGUGACCUACAUCGAUUGGCAAUCAGGUCAGCCUACAAAUGACGCCGCCUGUAUGACCCUCCUGUUCCGAUUUGGCGAAUGGAAGAUGGACGAUUAUAACUGUAAUGACAACAGCGCGAAUACCAGGUUCAUCUGUGAAGUCCCCGACAGACCCGUGUAACAAGCAGCAUUUGCAUU